GGCAGUGCUGUGUCCUGCCACAGUCAAAAUAAGGCUGAAAACCCUGGAUUCUCAACCAGGCAGGUUGAGGGGCUCCUGAGAGUUGAUGUAUUGCAGAGGAAACUGACUUUUCGGUUUCCUCAUUUAUUCAUUAAGUUUGUUUUGGGAUCUGGAGCCUGGAGAUUUCAAAGAGAUCUGGGAGGGAUGAAAUCCAGUCCUAACCAUGGUUCUGGGCUCCACCCCGGCAGACGGAGUCAGGAGGGCUCCACCCCGGCAGACGGAGUCAGGAGGGCUCCACCCCGGCAGACGGAGUCAGGAGGGCUCCACCUCGGCAGACAGGAGUCAGGAGGGCUCCAGCCUGGCAGACGGGAG